AUGCAGAAUUACUGUCGGAAAUGGCAGUCGUUCCAGCAAUGCCGACAAAGCACACCUUUGCACAGCAGCACAAGCAACACUCAAGCAGAUGAAACAGCCGCCGAUACUGAAGUGAAUGAUGAAACUGAUGACGAAGCACAAGGGGAUGAAGAAGAUGGGCAAUCAGAAAUCAUGGUACCUCAGCCACCAUAUGUUGGGCAGAGAUUUGAUUCGUUUGAAGAUGCCAAGGAAUUCUACCAGAGAUAUGCAAUGUUCCAUGGGUUUGCGGUGAACACCAAAUACCAUAGGAAAAUUAAAAAAACUAAUGAGUACAGCAGAGGUGAGAUGAGGUGCUACAAGGCACGAAGGAACAAGAAGGGUAAAGGUGUUGCGCCUGUCGUGCCGGAACGAAAGAGAGGUAUCAUUGUCAAGACGGAAUGCCUUGUCCGGUGUAAGCUAAACGUAGAUGGAGCACGGUGGGUGGUCACUGAAUAUUUUGACGAGCACAACCACGAACUCAUAAAGAAGUUUGACCUGGUAAAAUUUCUGAGCGCCCACAGAGGAUUCAGCCCCCUCGAGAAGAAAUUCAUAAAGCUGCUACAUGAUUGUAAUGUCGGUCCAUCAAGAAUGGUCCAGAUACUAUCCAUGAUCCACAGCAAAAAUGGAACUCUGAGUAGCAUGCCCUACAUACCAGCAGACGUCACAAACCUAAAGGCAAAGUACCGUAGAGAGAGUAGGUUGGCUGACAUAGAAGACACGAUAGCCUACUUCGACGAGAAAGCAAAAGCAGAUCCUGAUUUCUUCUACGAGAUAAGAUUGGACGAUGAGGACCGUGUCACGAACAUGUAUUGGGUGGAUGGUGAUGCAAGAAGAGACUACAAACAUUUCUGA